AUGAGCGAUAGCAGUAGCGAUAAAGGCAGCAACUCGUUCCUCAGCUAUAAAGGUCUUCUCAACUUUCGCGACUUGGGUGUCUCAUCGGCCGACAAUGCGGAUAACAAACGCUACAUCAAAGAAGGCACGAUCUUUCGCUCGGCUACACUGGACAACUUGAACGAGAACGACGUACAAGACUUUAUUCAACAACACAAUAUCCGUACGAUUAUCGAUUUACGUACAAGCCGAGAAUGUCGAGGAGAAGCAGCCAUCGAUAAAAGUUUCCCCACCACUGUGGUCGAGAGUAUGCGUCCUUCCGAGCUGUUGAAUCUCGAGCAAAGUCAUCCAGAGGUUGUACAUCAAGAAGUGGAUCCCGCUGCCAAGACUGUCCUACGCAAAAAGUACCGCAUCGCUCUCACAGGCAGGAAUUUUGAACGUAAUGCAGUGUUUAUGUCAUGCACGCUCCGUCAAAAGAGUCUGCUGAUUUGGUACUUGUUGUCAUGCCAACAUGAUAGAGCCGCCUUGUUGGUUGGACGUGAAGUAUUGGCACCCAUGGGUGUUGCCAACAUGUACAAGCAGUUCCUUGCCCACUGCAAUGACGAGAUCCUGGAGACCUUGUUGCUAUUCACCAAUCCUGACAACUACCCAAUACAAAUCCAUUGUACCCAAGGCAAGGAUAGAACAGGACUCAUCAGCUGCAUGCUACUGAGUAUGGCGGGUGUACCAGAGGAUAUCAUUGUCAAAGAUUACGCAAAAACGCAGGCUGGGCUGGCACCUAUCCGCAAAGACAUGAUCAAUGAUCUCAAAAGAGUUGGAUUAUCAGAGGAAUUUGCUGAUGCACCACCCAAGAACAUGCGAGAAUUGCUGGAUUACUUGGAUGCCACCUAUGGAUCGGUGAAGGGAUACCUUGAGAGCAUAGGCUUCAAUGCUGCAUUACAAGAACGUGUCCGGAGUAUCAUUGCCGAAACCAACUGA